UUUUUUCUGAAACGAACUCUCGUUAUUACCGUUCUCUGGCUCCCGAGAGGUCAAACAAAUGAGUUUUCUGCCAUUUCGAGCGCAUGGAAUAACGACAAUGAGCCCUGUUUCCCGAAAGUGGAGUCCUCCAGGCUUGAGAAUGAUUGUGGUGCUGCAGUUCAUGGCUCUUUGCCUGGCUUUUGUCUCCACCAUCUUCCUGAUUGUAGCCACGUGGACCGACUGCUGGAUGGUGAAUGCCGAUGACAGCUUAGAGGUCAGUCAGAAAUGCCGUGGACUCUGGUGGGAAUGCGUCACCAACACGCAAGAUGGAAUCAAAACGUGCGACCAAUACGAUUCGAUUUUAGCCGAGCACCCCUUGAAGAUCGUACUCACCAGGGCCCUGAUGAUCGCGGCAGAUAUCCUGGCCAGCUUUGCUUUGAUCGUCCUCGUCCUGGGUUUGGACGCCGUGAAGUUCCUGAAAGAAGAACCUCAUAUUAAGCUACGUAUGUGUUACAUGGCCGGCUUUAUUUUCGGAAUUGGAGGUAUCCCGGGCAUGAUCGGCUCCGUUUGGUACGCGGUGGACGUUUACGUGGAAAGGGCCACCCUCGUAUUGCAGAACGUGUUCCUGGGAAUUCACUAUGAGUUCGGGUGGUCGUGCUGGCUGGGGAUGGCUGGGUCUACAGGCUGUUUUCUGGCAUCGAUAGUCCUCACGUGCUGCCUUUAUAUAUUCAGAGACAUCGGCGCAUCCUCAAGACACCAACGAUCUAUUUAUAAAUACGGAAGGACCGCCACUGGCAAAAUGUACGCCAUAGACUCCAGAGUGUGACCGAUAAACCCCUGCGGAGCCAAACGUGGCUUCCAACGUGACGAUUCGUCUCGUGCGCAUCUGAACGCCCAGAUGUAUGAAGAUGCGACGAUGUAAAUAUCUGAUCUCGUGUUACCCGCGUAGUUGUCUUUUAUAGAGACUCGCGCCGUGAAAGGGUAACAUUGCGUCCUUUAUGCUGGGAUCUCCGUUCCUUUAUUGAUCUGAAUAUAUUGUCACGGAAUCAUGAAAAUGGGAAUGUAUAUUAUGUGAUCGCUGUCGGGUAAUUAUUGAACUGCGUCUGUUUAAUGAAAACGAUCGGAUGUAUUUUAUAUCGCAAUGCGUUAAGAAUGAGAAUAAGAAUAAUAAUGAGAAUAAGAAUGAGAGAGUGAGAUUACACAAUUUGUGAUUGGCCGUGGAUUGUGAUAUUGUGAA